AUGUUUGUAAUUUUGGGAUAUUCUGGAGCCGAUAUGAGAAACUUAUGCGGUGAAGCAGCUAUGGGCCCAAUCAGGGAUAUUGUUAAUGACUCGAAGUAUGACAUUGAAACAGUACCGAUUGAAAAUAUUCGUCCGAUCUCAAUUUUUGAUUUCCGUGGGGCUUGUUGUGUUGUACGGCCAACGGUAAUGAAAAAGGAUUUAAAGGCUUAUCAUGAAUGGGACAAGAAAUUUGGUUGUUUACCCACACCUAACGACGAUGGCGAGGAAAAUGAAGAUUCU